AUGGAAAAAACAUACAAUACUAAUAGUGGGACCAUCAGAUCCUCAGAGGGCAUGGAUUACCUAUCAGAUGUACAUAGUUGUUGUAGAGCUUUAGUUUCAGAUAAAAUUACAGAAAGAAAGAAAAGUGCAGAAAGGUUACAUCAAUUGCUGGGAAAGACCACUGUAAUUCAAACCAUAGAUAUAAAUUCAGAUGAAAAACCAAGUAAAAAGAGCAGGCGUCUUCUAACAUGGGAUGACAUAUUUAAGGCAGUGAUUCAAUAUGUUCAAAUUGAAACAGAGCAUAUAAAGAAAGGAAAAUCUACUUCUGCCACCUCACAACAAACUAAAGAAAAGAAGAAACAGGAAGUUAGUGGUUUAGUAAAGUAUGUUGUUAAAACAGCUGAUAAACGUGGUCCCAGAUUAAAGUGGAAUAGCUUAGUAACAAGUAUAUUAGAAAUUUUAGCUGAUGACUAUAUGUGUGCUUCGUACGGUUUAGAUUUUAGUAACAUAUUGAUGAAAAAUGUGCUACCUGUAAGGAAAUAUUGGAUUGAACUCAAGCCUGAAUCAUGGCAUGAUUUAUUGAGAGAAUAUUUUAAGUUAUUUGUUGAUGAAGAGUGUAAACUAGAUCGUGUUCUGAUGGCUAGGUUGAUUCAUCUUCUUCUUUCUGGUGCCUCAAGACAAUGUGAUUUACAUCCAAAGAAAAUAUUCCAGUUUUAUACUGAAGUAUUUAAAAACAUCAGAUCAGAAAAAGCAACGAAGGUUUUAGAACAUAUAUUAUCAUCAUUAAAUAUAUUUGUUCUAUCAGUAGCAUCUAAUUCACGGUUACAAGUGUGUAAAUUAGGAGAGAAUAUCUUCAUUAAUCUCCUGUAUUUAUGGAACAAUAGACCCUCACCUAUUAUGAAGGAUGAAAUAGUAUCAUUUCUGAGUAUCCAGUUACAAUCACACCAUCCUGGUGGUUCAAAAAGUACAGCUAAUGGUGCUUUUGCUCUUGAUUGGGAUCAGUGGAUGAGUCAUUUGCGUAAGCUAUAUGAAGUGCUUUAUACAGAUUUGAAAGAAAUGGGAGGCAGACACAGAUUUUCAUCAAGUAAAGAUUUUGCUUUGAAACAAGAUUAUGUUGAAUUAGCAGCUGAUGUUUGUCACCAGCUAUUUGAUGACACCGCCACUACCAUAGACGUAACACAGUUACCAUCAACCAGUACUAAUGGUACACCGGCUAAAAAACGUCGACUACUAUCAGGCUGGUCAACAUUAAGAGAUAUUAUAAUACAGUUUAGCAACGUAAUGCAAGUUAUACCCUGGUUACAGUUAUUAAGUCGAGUAAUUGAAAAAUAUCCUAAUGACAUUCCUCAAGAUGAACUUAAACCUAUUCUAGACAGUCUUGUACAUAUAUUAGAAGACUGUAAGAGGAGUGAAAUAUUAAAACAGGUAUUGAUAUGUUUAAAGAAGAUUAUUGAGGGAUAUCCAGUAUUACAUGUUAUAUAUCCAGAUUUACUAAAAGACUGUCAAGUAUAUUGGCAGAAAAUAUGGUCAGCAACACUGAGAACUGUUAGUUCACAUAGAGCAGAACUAGAAGGUUUACAUGCACCAGGAUUUCAACUCCUUACUGAAUUAAUACAACAACAUCUUAUAGUUCCAGAAAAAUAUGUCUGGAAUUUAUUUCUGCCAUCAAUAUCAACUCCGACAGAAUCAUCAAUUUAUUUUAUAUCAAGAUACAUUAGUUCCUUUGAGUUAGCCGAGAAUUAUAAACCAAGUAUAUUAGGAUCAGGAGAUAUAUCUAACGGUACAUCUCAUCCCUUACGUACACACUUAUUACAUUGGUUAUUACCUAGUACUGAUACCAAUAUAUCAGAUAAACAACGCAUAGUUUGUAAUCCUGAUAAACUAGCGUGUGUUCUAGUAGGGUUAACUUUACGAAAUCCUGAAGCAAUACGUUGUAAACAUACAAAGGAACAAUUGAUGCAGUGGACACACUUAGAAAAUGUAUAUCUAACUAGUAGUUUAGAUUGUGAGUUAGAGUUUGAGAAGAGUGUUGAAUGUAAAGAUAUAAAAGAACAAGUUAAAACGUGUAAUAUAACUGACCUUUAUGAUUUAUUACAACGUUUAUUACACAAUGAAUGUAGAUAUUACAAUGAUAUAGCUGAAGAUCAGCUUUCAACUUUAGAAAAUAUGGCUCUAUUAUGUUCACUAUUGUCUAAAACUGUGUAUUAUUUAUUGGAAUAUGAUGUAUUAACGGAAGUAACAUGCCAAUCUUGUAAUAUAAUAACAGAUUUAAAACAGUUAUUAUCAAAGUUUUCAACAUGGUUAUGUGACUAUAAAAGUAGAGAUGGUGUAAAUAGAUUGACAACAGUUCUAUCUAAUUUACAUCACAUGUUUACACUACCAUCACUGUCCCAUUCAGCUUUUAUCAUUCAAGAAUUGAAUAGAAAAUUAACACCUUCAAGACUACUGGAUACAUUGAUAGAAAUAGCCAUGGAUAAGUUGCCAAGAUCAAACAGUAAAACUGAUAAUAUAUUUGGACGUCCAGACAGGCAGAGUAGUUCUUCUAGUAGACGACCAGUUAUUGAUGAUCUUGAUGAUCUGGGCUUUGGUGAUACACCAAGUUUACAGAACCAGUCAGAAGAUUUAAUGGAAAUAGACAGUGAAAUUCCUGAUAGUCAAGAUUCUGAUGAAGUCAAAGAUCAAACAAAAGUGUGUGUAAGCUUAUUAAAUUCUGAUAGUUUAACAGAACAUCAGUCAAUACGACUACAAGUGAUAAAUCUAUUAUGUUUAUGGUGUAGUCAUAAUAAGAAAAAUGCUAGUUUACCUAUAUCUAUACAAGCUAGUGUAGAAACUAGUUUUAUCAGAAAUAAACUCACAGAGUUAUUAGAUGAAUCUAAUUUUGAUUGUGACAAGGCAAUAGAUCUUCAAAUAUUACGAUGUUUAGUUUAUGUUUUGACAUCAGACAGUCAUAAAGUAACAGAAAAAGAUCUAGAAAACCUUACUGAUGGUCUCAGGCAAGUGGCAAGGUUCCAGAGAAGAGAUGAAGAUAUCAUAUUACUGUGUUUAAAGUUAUUAAAGAUAUUGAUUAGUUAUUGUAUAGACUAUGAUGAUAUGCCAAGUACAGUACAACUAGAGUGUAGAGAUAUUUUACUACAUUUACUAAGUGCUUAUUGGAAAUUAAAACAAGAGGGACAAUAUACAUAUUCUGUUAGAUUAAUGGUGGCUAUCUGUAUGGAAACAUUCGUUAAGGCUGACCCCAACAGAGAAUGGAGUAAAAUUAAAACCAGGGGCAAUAAUAAUAACAAUACUACUGAAGAAACCUCCGUUAUUGAAGAGUUACCUAAAUGUUUGAAUGAUACUAGUCAUGAAGUUAGAUUAUUUGCUUCUAGUGCAAUAAAAAGAUUAUUUUUUAAUGAUAAUAAUCAGCAAAUUGAUGAUAAAAUGUUUGUGUUAAUUUAUCAGAUGUGCAAUGAUCUUCUAGACUUACCAGAUAAAAUAUCAGCUGAUAGAAAACUUGAUGAAGUUAGAAAUCGUACCUCUACAUUAUUACUAACAUUAUCUACUACUGCUAUAUAUAGUCAACUGGUAGAGAAAAAAGCUGUUUUUGCUUUCUGUCAGAUGAUUAGAGAGAAAGGAAUAGAGAUUCAUCUUGUUAGAAAGAUCCUGUGUAAAAUAGCUAGUAAAUUAGGGUAUAAAAAUGUGUCCAGUUUUCUCACCAGCCAUCUACCAUAUUUAAUCAACCAGUGGUUACAGUUGUGUUAUCCUAUAGCCGAAUUUCCUUAUCAGCUUUUACAACUAACUGAUAUAAAAGAGUUUUAUAGGAGAUAUCAAACUAUAUUGAUACCAGAGUUAUUUAUGAAGAAAGAUAUGGGCAGUAUAGAGAAGCUGUGUGGGGAUAUAGAAGAGAAUAUGAAUGAUAUUAUAAUCAGCUGUAUACCACGUAUUACUAUCUAUAUAUUACCAUUAUUUGCUGCUUCAAGUAGUAAAGAAUUACAGUCAGAUGUCAAUGUGAGAAAACGUAUUGCUCUAGCUACAGCUUCUUAUGAGAAAUUGUGUCAACUAAUUACUAAAGAUACAUUGAGUAAAAGAAUCAGUGAGAAUAUAGAUGUUAUUGUUGUCAAUGUUUUAAUGUGUCUACAUAAUGAUACAGACUCUAAAAGGCCAGAACCAAAUCCACCAUAUUAUAACCAAUAUAUAAUAAUCUCCACCUUAGAUUAUUUAACAAAUAGUUUUUCUUGUAGUAAAUCAUUGAUAUCUGUAUUAAUCAAAUCACAGGAUGCAAUACAGAAGAUAUUACUGGAUCUAUCUGUAUCUAUAUCAAAUGAACAUAGAUUACAUGAAAAACAUAGAAUAUUAGAGAUUUAUCAGCUGUUUGUAAAGUUAUUGUUGAAAGUAUUUCACGAGAAACUGGGUGGUAGUUGGGCGUUUGUUUUACGAGAUGUUAUUUAUAGACUGGUUUAUAUCAUUAUAGAUCUACGUACUCAGAGAAAUGGAAACAAUAUACAGCAUGUUGAUACUACAUUAGAGAUAUGUUUAUCAUUAUUAUUUGAUGUCUGUCAAGUUUCUGUUGAACACUGUCCUCAGGAACUGUGUAAAUAUCUCAGACUUAUUAUCAGUAAUAUUAUCAUCUGUAUGGACUAUGGUGGUAAUAUACAAGAUAGAGUAAAAGAUGUAUUGAAGUUAUUAGUGAUACAGAAUACUAAAGUUAUGAAAUCUGGAAUAUUACGUUUAGAUUCAUUCCCUGAUAAUAAUGUUAAUUUCAAAUCAUUACUUCAAAUACAGAAAAAAUUGAAAUAUGGCAGAGAUUCAUUCACUUUUGAUCAGGAAAUAGAGUAUUUUCUGGAGGUUUGUGAGGAAAGUGAAAGUAGAAGAUGUAGUUAUGUAGAGUUAUUAAAACAUCUAUAUCAACAGUUAUUAAAGAAUGAUUGUACUGGUCUAAUAAAACAACUUCACCUUACUACUGACAAAAGAAGUAAUAUAUUUUUACGACUAAUAAGACAGUUAUUAACGUUGUUACAAUAUGGAAGUAAAGAGGAGAAGAUAGAGUCAGCUAGAUGUUUAGGUGUUAUAGGACCAGUUGAUCUUUCAGUCUUAUCAUUAUCUAAACAUACCAAUCAACCUAGUCUACGUACAGCUCUACAGGUCUAUAAUGGUGAUACUGACUGUGAGAAAUACUGUUAUAUAUUCCAUCAGUUAGACCAGUAUCUAUGUGAUCCCAGUAUCAACAUAGUCCAAUGUACUAGUGAUGUAUUAAAGAAUAUACUGGCCACAAAAACUGGUAUAAGUUUUUCAACUGAAUAUAAAGCUAAACUAGCAGAUAAAGAUCAUCUAUUUCAUUAUCUACAUCCAUUUAAACCUAAGAAUAAGACACCAACAACUUCCCCAGCACCUAUAUCUAGAGAUGUAUUUAGUAAUACUAUAGAUAAAGAAGAAUUAUGGACCCCAGUAAUGGUAGAUCAUGAUAGCUGGAUAACUAAAUUAACCUGUAAUUUAUUACAAUCACAAGCUGUACAUGAUGAUAUUCUAUAUCUCUUACAUCCUAUCGCUUUAUUAAAGCCUGAGUUAUGUGAAUUGAUAUUGCCCUAUAUAAUAUAUGAUAUACUAGUACAUGGUAAUAAGACACAUAAAGAUAUCUUCUCUACUAGAAUAGAUUCCUUCUUUAAAUCACAUAGUGAUAAAGAUGGAUCACCUCAUUCUAUAAGUAGAAAUAAGAAAUCUGUUAAAACUAUGCUUAGUGUAAUACAAUAUCUGAGACAACAAGAUAGGCCUAGACAGGAACAUCAAGUAAAGACACCGUGGGAUAAUAAUUUCUGGUUAAGUGUGAAUUAUUUCAAUCUAUCAGUAGCUGCCCACUAUUGUUCCUCUCAUUUCAUGUCAUUACUCUACAGUGAAAUAUGGUGUGAUAUUCUCAAAGAAGAGAUGCCUGGUAGAAAUUCCCAGUCACAAGGAAACAGUCAGGAUUUCGUGAGUAAUAUUGAUGAUAAUAUAUUACAAGAAUUAAUGUUAGAGACAUACAGAUGUAUUGGUGAUCCUGAUGGUAUUUAUGGUUGUGGUGCUGGUCAGCUAGCUGAAUCAACUUCCAGAAUCAAAACAUACAUGCAUGAAAACCGUUGGGAUAAAGCAGUAGUAACAUAUGAUAUAGAAACAGAUCUCCAUUCUCAACAGUUUGGCUUUUAUCAAUCAGUACAAGAGUUUGGCGCAAGUCAUCUUUUGAAUUCCUGUUUACAAGGAAAUGUAGCAAAGGGAGCUAUACUAACUCCACAAAUUGAAGAGUUACAAUAUGAAGCUGCAUGGAAAACUGGACAGUGGAAUUUGGAAGCACCAAUGAGAUUUGAGAAAGGAGUUGGUUUUCAUCAAGGUAUCUAUAGUUGUUUAGAAGCUGUUAAAAAUGAUCAGACUAUGUUGAUAGAGAAAGCUACAACUUCAGUCAGAGAAGAAAUUGUGAACGCUGUUCAACUAUAUGGUAAUUGUUGUCAGAAUGUCUAUCCUGUAUUAUCACAAUUAAACUGUUUACAUCAACUCGAUCAAUUCAACCAAAUAUUAUCAAGCAAUGGUGAUCUAUCCAAUUUAUUUUACCAAUGGAAUAAUGAAAUACUUGCCCCAGAUUUCCACUAUAUAGAACCUAUAUUAAUUCUACAAUCAGCCAUUAUUAAAACACUGAAUAAUGAUGAUCUCCAAGACAACUUAUUUCACAGUUUACUUCACCUUUCUAAACAAGCUCGACAGGCUAGCAGGUUUCAGAUAUCAGAAAGAGCUAUCUAUGAUCUACAUAAACUAGACAAUAAUCUCAGUUUUAUAUUGUUAACACAAAUGGAAGAGGCGAAGCUAUACUGGGCUAGAUCAGAAAUAAACAUAGCUAAAAAUCUCAUCAAGACACUUCUUAGUAGACUCGAAAGGCUACAAGAUGUCAAUGAAACAGCAGUUACACUAUUACCACAAGCGUUAGGAACGUAUGGUAACUGGUUAGCAGAGACUAGAUCAGAGAAUCCUACUGUUAUUAUGGAAAACUAUUUAGAAAGGACUGUACAAAUAUUACAUGAAAAUGAUGAUAAAACAACCUGUCUAGAGGCGUAUUUAUCAUUAGCUAGGUUUGCUGAUACUCAGUAUCAGAAUAUAGUGAACUAUAUGAAAUCUAGUACGUACGAAUCUAAACAAGCUUUAUUGAAGAAAGCAAAACAAGAUGUAGAGGACUAUAAAAUGGUUUCUUCUGAUAAAGAUAGAUAUUUAAGAAUUCUAGAAAAACAAUCUGAAUUAGAUGAAAAAGAGUUAAGAUCAAUGAAAGAAGAUAGAAGCAAGUUUCUGAUCAAAGCAUUAGAGUUUUAUAUCAAAUGUCUACAGUGUGGUGAUAAAUAUGAUUUGCGAAUAUUUCGUGUGAUAUCAUUAUGGUUUGAUGAUAGUAAUUCUACUGAUGUUAAUGGAUUAUUAGCUGAUAAUAUAGAGAGUAUUAAAUCCUAUAAAUUUCUACCAUUGAUGUAUCAGUUAGCAGCUAGAAUGGGAUCAGAAAGUAAAGGUUUAUCAUUAUUCCAUAAAGUCUUGAAUCAGAUAUUAGAAAGAACAGCUAUAGAUCACCCACACCAUGCUCUAUCUAUAAUCUUAGCUCUAGCUAAUGCUAAUAAAGAUAUGGAUUAUAUUCAACAAGCUAAAUCUAGUAAACGGUCCAGUAAUGGUAAAUCAUCUGAUACUGGUACGAAAGAAGAGGAUAGAGUACAAGCUGCUAAAAACAUGAUAACUAGAUUAAAAUUAGUUGAUAAAAUCAAGAAUAUUAUACUGGAUCUAGAGAAACUAUCAGAUGCUUAUAUCGAACUAGCUAAUACUAAUGUUGAACAACAUAGAAAAGAAUCAAGAGCCAUCAAUUUACCGGACAAUUUAUCUAUAACAAAGAUGAAGAAUCUAACUAAUGUAGCUUUUCCUACUAUUGACACCAAAGUUAAUGGUAGCUGUGAUUAUGAUGAUAUUGUUUAUGUACAAGGUUUUGAGAAGAAUUACAAACUAGCUGGUGGUAUCAAUCUACCUAAAAUUAUAACUUGUACUGGUUCUGAUGGUAUAGGUCGAAGACAGUUAGUCAAGGGAAAGGAUGAUCUACGACAAGAUGCUGUGAUGCAACAAGUAUUUGGUAUGGUGAAUAAUUUACUACGGAAAGAUUCUGAAACAAGAAAACGUAACCUACAUAUCAGACAAUAUAAGGUUAUACCUCUAUCACAGCGUAGUGGAUUAUUAGAAUGGUGUGAAGGUACACAACCACUAGGUGAUUAUUUAAUAGGUAAUUCAUCUAACAAAGGGGCUCAUCAACGUUACAGACCUCAAGAUUUAGUUCCUAUUGAUGCUCGCAGAAAAUUAGCAGCUGUCCAUGAUUCUGCUGAUGUAAGAAAGAAAUAUAAAACAUAUAAAGAUGUUUGUGCGAAAUUUAAACCAGUUUUUCGUCACUUCUUCAUGGAGAAAUUCUUCCAACCAGCUUUAUGGUUUGAGAGAAGACUAGCUUAUACUAGAAGUGUGGCUACUAAUUCUAUUGUUGGUUAUAUUCUGGGACUGGGUGACAGACAUGUUCAAAAUAUACUAGUCGAUUGUAAUACUGCAGAAUUAGUUCAUAUUGAUUUAGGUAUUGCUUUUGAACAGGGUAAAAUAUUACCUACCCCUGAAACUGUAUCAUUCAGACUAACACGAGAUAUUGUUGAUGGUAUGGGACCAACAGGUGUUGAGGGUGUCUUCAGAAGGUGCUGUGAGAAGACAAUGGAAGUUAUGCAUACCAACCAAGAAUCGUUAAUGACUAUAGUACAAGUAUUACUGUAUGAUCCACUGUAUGUAUGGACUCUAUCACCACAGAAAGCUCAUGCUCUACAACUACGACAGAAUCGCGAUGUUGAAGAUUUAGAUGUGACCAAUAAUGAUAUGAAUGAUAUCACUAAUACUGAUGAUAGAUCUGCUGCCAGUCAAGAACAAGUAAAUAAAUUGGCUGAGAGAGUGUUAUUAAGAUUACAACAGAAGCUACAGGGUAUAGAGGACAGUGUUCAAUUGAGUAUAUCAGGUCAAGUUAAUCUUCUGAUUGAAGAGGCAAGAGAUCCUAAAAAGCUUUGUCGUUUAUUUCCUGGUUGGCAACCACAUCUAUAA